ACAGGAGCAUCCCGGGUGCAGGGGACAGGACAUGCUGGGUGUGGGGGACAAGAAAUCCCGGGUGCUGGAGACAGGACAUCCCGGGCACAGGGGACAGGAGCAUCCCGGGUGCUGGGAGCCCACCCUGGGUGGAAGGGACAGCACAUCCUGGUGCUGGGAGCCCAACGGGGACAUUUCCAAGCCAGCGGGGACCUUCUCCCCAGGGUUUCAAGCCAGGCCAAACCCUCCUCGGGUGGAGCAGCCACCCAGGCGCGGCCACGCCGUGGGGACAAGGACUCACCCUGGUCCCAUGUGUGCUCGGCUCCGGCGCGGUGCCCCGCAGCUGGCCCAGAUGGUGUUAUUUACCCGGCAGCAGCGUCCGCCUCCUGCCUUCAUUUAUUGCACCUGGGGAAAAAACAAGGGCUGGGCAGGUUGGGACCGGUUCAGGGACCAACCUUGGGGGAAGGGGGGGCUUUGGGGAACCGGCACCAAACCCUCGGCGCAGCGGGAGGGAGAGAUUCCGCCGGCCCCCCCGAGCCACGCCGGCUGGGGCUCUGCGAGGUCCCCGCUGAUGUCCCCACGGCGGGGCCAUCGCCACUCCCCUGGGAAGGUGGGGGUAGAUUUGCAUGUUGACACCCUCCGAGCCGGUACGUGGGAGCUGAGCUCGAGCCUUCGAGCACCCAGCGUGGGAGCGAUGGGGAUGUCACCCGGCCGCCCGCGUCCCCGCGUCCCCUGGCUGCUGGUCCCCCUCCUCGUGGUGGCAGGCACCGCGGCCACCGAGCCCUGGCAGGUGAAUGGCGUCCUGGGGGGGUCUGUGCUGCUCUCCCCGCUUCUGCCCCCCAACAAGAUGGUGACGGAGAUCGAGUGGAGCUUUUCAGCCGGCGCCGGUGCCACCAUUGCGGUGGCAGAGUUCGGCCCCGGAGGCUUCAAGCGCCCCGACCCCAAGGACCGGUUCAAGGAGCGGCUGGAGAUGUUCAACGCGACGGCGCUGAAGAUCAGGGUCCUGGAGAGGGGCGACAGCGGGGUCUACGGGGCUCGGAUUAAACUGCACCCGGCGCUGGUGGAGGAUCAGUCCUUCAACCUCUCCGUCUACGAGCCGGUGGCAGAGCCGGAGAUCCAGUCCCAGCGGCACUCCCUCACCACCCAAGGGUGCAACGUCACCCUGCGGUGCCGGCUGCCGGCCGGCAGCGACGCGGAGGCCACCUGGCAGGCGGAGACGCCGUGGGGACAGCUCUGCGAGGACAGCCGGACCCUGUGCCUGGCCGUGCCCGCCAGCGCCUUCGACUCCACCUACACCUGCGUGGCCCGAAAUCCUAUCCAGGAGCGGAACGUCUCCGUCCGCCUGGACACCCUGUGCCGGCAGCAGGAGACGCGUGGCUGGCAGAGGUGGCACUCGUGCCUGGUGCUGCUGGUGGUGGCCGCGGGAGCCCUGCUCGGCGGCGUCUGGCUGUGGAGGAAGAAGAAGAAGAGGAGGAAGAAAAGAGCCGGGGGAGCCGCCCUCGCCUUCCCCACCAGCGAGGACGCUCCGCCGGAGCCGCAGUAUGCCGAGAUCCAGAGGAGAUCCCCCCCGGAGACGGAUGAGAGGCAGCGGGACCACCCCACCACCAUCUACAGCUGGGUGCAGGCAGGCGGGGGCGGCGGGGCCGAGGUGCUGGCCUAACCCGCCACGGCCGGACGGAGCAGCAGGACGGUGACGGCCGAGUCCCCCCCCCGCGACGGCGGCGUGGGCUGACAGACGCUCGUGUGUGUCUGUGUGUCCCCCCCCCACCGCGAUGUCUCCUCCUGCCCCCUCCCUGCUCCGUGACCCCCCGAUUCUGCUGCGGGAGCAG